GCUCCGAGCCGAGCUCGCCAGCCUCUCGUCUCCAACCGCCGCUGCCGCCUUUCCUCGCCAGCCGCUGCUCUGUUUUUUUCCACCCUUUUUAGCUAAAAUCAGCCCCCUCCCCUGCCCGCCCCCUGUAAGCCCAGGCCUCUGCCAAAGGAGGAAACAUGGGGAAGGAAAAGACCCACAUCAAUAUUGUGGUCAUUGGACAUGUAGACUCUGGCAAGUCCACCACCACCGGCCACCUCAUCUACAAGUGCGGGGGCAUCGACAAGCGGACCAUCGAGAAAUUCGAGAAGGAAGCCGCAGAGAUGGGAAAGGGUUCCUUCAAGUACGCCUGGGUGCUGGACAAACUGAAAGCUGAGCGCGAGCGAGGCAUCACCAUUGACAUUUCCCUGUGGAAGUUUGAGACCACCAAGUAUUACAUCACCAUCAUUGACGCUCCGGGCCAUAGAGAUUUCAUCAAGAACAUGAUUACAGGGACUUCACAGAUGCCUUGGUUCAAAGGAUGGAAAGUGGAACGCAAAGAAGGCAAUGCCAGCGGGGUCUCUCUCUUGGAGGCUCUGGAUACAAUCCUGCCCCCCACUCGCCCUACAGAUAAACCUCUACGCCUGCCUCUUCAAGACGUCUACAAAAUCGGAGGUAUCGGGACCGUCCCCGUGGGCCGUGUAGAGACAGGAAUCCUCAGGCCUGGCAUGGUGGUCACCUUUGCCCCCGUGAACAUUACCACCGAAGUGAAGUCGGUUGAGAUGCACCAUGAGGCCUUGAGCGAAGCUCUGCCUGGGGACAACGUUGGCUUCAACGUCAAGAAUGUGUCCGUGAAGGACAUCCGCCGGGGAAACGUCUGCGGAGACAGCAAAUCGGACCCGCCUCAGGAAGCAGCCCAGUUCACUUCUCAGGUAAUCAUUUUGAACCACCCUGGACAGAUCAGCGCCGGCUAUUCGCCCGUCAUUGACUGCCACACCGCUCACAUUGCUUGCAAAUUCGCCGAGCUUAAGGAGAAGAUCGACCGACGUUCUGGCAAGAAGCUGGAAGACAAUCCCAAAUCUUUGAAAUCUGGAGACGCUGCGAUUGUGGAGAUGAUCCCUGGCAAACCGAUGUGUGUCGAGAGCUUCUCCCAAUACCCACCCUUAGGUCGCUUCGCCGUACGUGACAUGCGGCAGACCGUGGCGGUGGGCGUGAUCAAGAACGUGGAGAAGAAGAGUGGCGGGGCUGGGAAGGUCACCAAGUCCGCACAGAAAGCCCAGAAGGCUGGCAAAUGAAUCGUGGGUACCCCGUGCCUCGCCCAGCACCCAUCCACCCGACCCGGAUGCUGCCAUCUUCCCCUCGAGGCGCAUGUCUACACAUCCGCUUGUAAAAGUUUGUACGUGAACGACUGGAUGCUCACUAUUAAGGUCCAGUGGAAGUUCUUUAAAAGGAAAAGCAUGUCCCAGCGUUCGUGAGCCUUCGCGUUCAAUUUUACCAAUAAAACUGGUACCACAUCCCA